CAGAACUGCAUGUCCCGGGCGCCGGGUGCUACACCCCGAAUAUGGGCCACACCCCCACUUUAAAGACUUAAAGUAGGGGGAAAAAAGUGCGGCCUAUAUUCGGGCCAAUACGGUAUAUACACCUUGAUUCAUCCCAUCUAUGUUCCUAGCCACUGUAUACGCUAUCAGCCAUGCAAACGUAAGAAACACAGACCAUCAAAAGGACUAAUGAAUAAUAAUAUUAUUUUUAAGUUAUAUUUUUAUUUGUGACUUUUGUGGCUCCGAAAUGCGAGACCGAGAUCCAUAAACAAGAAGACGGGUCAUCUGUCGUUUUUGCUCCGUUAAGUUUCUUCAAGUGAAUGGCGUCGUUCUGUCCGUUUUCCUGUAUGGGAAGGUAUAAUCAGGAAAGGAAGCCGCGUGACCGCGAGAUAAUGACGCGUGAUGACGCUGUACGCUUUUCCUCUGCACGUACGAGAUGACGAGACGCCGGACAAACCCGGAAGUCCGGCCUAUGAGUACAUAUUGGUGGAGCACAAGGGCAAGAAAGAGAACGUGGGUCUCAUUCGGCUGAACCGUCCCAGGGCGCGGAACAUUUUCUGCGAUGCCAUGAUGACCGACCUGAACCAGGCCCUGGACGCUUUCGAAGAGGACCCGCAGGUCGGGGCCAUUGUGAUCGCAGGACGCAAGAAAGCCUUUUCAGGUGGAGCCGACAUCGAGGAGAUGCAGAACCGGACGUUCCAGGAAUGGUACAGCGGCGGCUUCCUCGCUCACUGGAACCGCGUCUCUUCUAUGAAGAAGCCCGUCAUCGCGGCUGUCAACGGAUACGUGGGCUCCAUCGCUGACCGCAGUACCUGUGAUCCGUCUGCAGGAGCGCAGAGGUCCUGGGAGAAGCUCACGAUUGCUUCCAGCAGCUCCAGCCGCACUGAAGGAAAGCACAGCUUCAAUAUUUAG